AUGGCUGUCUCACGUGGUGAUACGUCGGUGGCAUGCUUCGUGUUCCGGACUGCAACACAUCCCGACCAAGAGGUCACGAUGCACGUCUAUCCCAAUGAUGAGUUCAACCUCGGACGAGAGCGACUCCAGGAUGCGCUCGGUAUCGAGGAUCGAUGUCUCUCUAGCCAUCAUUUCCACGUUCGCUGUGUCGUCUACGAUGAUGACGAUGAGCACAAAAUCGCGCCAUUGGUCUACUUUCGAAUCCUCUCCGGCAAUAUGGCCAUCUUGAGGAGAAAUGGGCUUCACGACGAUCCUGAUGAUGGGAUCGAUGUUGGCAGAAGCUCUGGCGACAUUCUCCUCAACUUCGGCGACUCGCUACAGCUAACAAGCCAGGUCUCGGUGGAGUUUUGCUCAAUUGAAGGUCAAUCUUUCGCUCCACCUCCACUGAACAAAGUGCAGAGAGCAGAGAUAAAGCUCAUCCAAGAGUACCGUCUGACCACCAAAGUCCUCGGAGUUGGCGGCUAUGCUGCCGUGUACGUGUCAGAGAAGGCUGAUACUGGCCAGCAAUUCGCAUGCAAGAUUGUUGCUCACCCAGCUGAGAAGACAGCAGAUGCAGCCCAACAAAAGGAGCGCCAAAAGGUGGCUCGCGAGUACACCAUCCUCGCAAAGCUUUCACAUCCCAACAUCAUCUCGCUGGAGAAAGUCUUCCGAGCCACUCAUCACGACUACAUCUUCCAGGAGCUAAUCACAGGCGGCGACUUGCUGUCGUAUAUGGACAAGAAAGGCCACUUGACUGAGCCACAAGGUGCGGUGAUUGUCAGGCAACUGCUCGAGGCGGUCAAGUAUCUUCAUGAUCACAGAGUGGUACAUCGAGACAUCAAGCCUGAGAACAUUCUCGUCACAUCAUGGCGAGACGGCGCACGUAUUGUGCUUACAGACUUCGGACAAGCCAGAACUAUGGAUGACGUUGAGCAUGCGGUCAAGAAGGCUGGAAUCUUCCGCAUGCAGACUUUGGUGGGCACCAUUGGCUACACUGCACCUGAGGUAUAUGCCCAGCUCAGAAACGACCUUCAGCAAAGUGCCGGCUACAGCCAGGCAGUUGACAUCUGGUCCAUUGGCUGUGUAGCUGGCACUGUUCUGACCGGCGAGUUGACCUUCCCUGACGAUGCACAACUACGAGCUGGGAUUGUUGACGUGUCGCGCUUCACCAAACACCUCGAGAACAUCGAAAACGGAUCGGAAUGGGAACGAAUUGGCCAUCGAGCAAAGUCUUUCGUCAAGAGCUGUCUAGCGACGGAAGAGAGUAAGCGACUGAGUGCAGCUGAGUGCCUCGAUCUGCCAUGGUUCCAGCAUCCCCACUACAAGCGACAAUUUGAUGCGCUCUACCAACGCGCCAUAGCAGACUGGAAGCCGCGCGUGCAGGAAGAGGACCUUACCGAGACUAUCGACACGACCGACCAGAACGACGAGAGCGAAGGCCAUGGCGAAACCCAGUCUCGAUUCUUCACCAGGUCUCGAUCACAACAAGACGAUAUGCUCGCACGCUUCAGACCAAAUGAACUCUGCGCAAGCCCAGUGCAAGUCCCAGAAACGCCACCGAGACGGCGAGCGGAAAGCUCAGGCAUUGCUCUAGAAGAGUCACAGUUCAUCGACUUGGGCGACUUUACAAUGCCACCACAGACAGCGACGUACGACGAUGACAUCGACCAGAACCUUGACUUGGCAACGCAGAAUCUGACUCGCAACUCCUUGCUCACUGCUGACCGUCAACCAUGGCAUGUUACAGCGUCGAAGCGCAAAGCGGUCUAUCGCUGA